AUGUCUGACGAAAACCAGAUCGCACAAGAACUAAAAAGCCUUAAGGCUGUGAUUUACUCGUUAAAGAAUGAGGUCGCUUCUGCGAAACCAAUGUUCCUAGACGAAUUACGUGAUCUCUUGUCCCUUCUAAUCCGAGAACAUGUUGACGGAGUCAACCACCACUUGAAUUCGCUAACGGAGGCAGUCAGAAGGAUCCCAUAUGAUCCUAGAGAGCUCGAGACGCAGCUUGACGCCGUGCUCCCGCACAUUGAACAGCACUUUCGCAGCUUGGCCGAGGACAUCGUCAGCUGCUUUGGUAACGCAAAUUCAGGCCACAAUAAAUCUCACACCGAGCUCGAAAAGGAGAUAGACUUAUUGAAGAUCAAUAAUUUUGAACUGUCGCUUGCUCUUGCCAACGUCAGAACCAUGACGGACGUCAUAACGGAACAGCAGACGAUAACUCCCACCAUCCCAGAUGCUACGCUAACGCAGUUAGUUCAAACCGACCUCAAGCUGAAAGAACAGGAUGCAGAUAUUCAGAAGCUCAAGACCGAAGUAGCACGCGUAGGCUCCAUCAAAGAAUCUACCGCUGAACAGGUAGUGGUAGUGUCGCACGAAGCAAAUGAGAAGCUGAAAGCACAGGAAAAGGAGAUAAAGAAGCUCAAGGCCGAAGUAGCGCGCGCAGGCUCCAUCAAGGAAUCUACAGCUGAACAAGUAGUGGUAGUGUCGCACGAAGCAAAUGAGGAACUGAAAGCACGGGAAAAGGAGAUAGAGAAGCUCAAGGCCGCGCUUAAACUGGUAGAGUCUCAAAAAGCCUCCGACAUGACCAAUGAUAUUGAGAAUUGGAAGAAUGCCGUGGCGGAAUUAGAAGAGGCCGUCAAAACGCAAGAAGAGACCAUCUCCAUACAACAAGCUCGAAUCAAUCGACAAGAUGCGGACUCACUGCUUUUGAUCAAGAGGUACCGUGAUAUGGUUGAAGAACUCGCCAAUGCGAAAGGAAAUAUUAGAGUGAUGUGCAGAGUACGUCCCGCCCAGGACACCCCCGACGAAGAGCUGAUUCAUUUCUCGAACCCAGAUAACCCGGACAACAUCAAUUCGAUGGUCCCAUGGUCCAAGUUACGAGUGAGUUAUCUGGAUGACAGCAAGAGACAAGAGAGCCGAGACUUCGACUUUCAGAGAGCUUUCGGUACCGGGGAGAGCAACCAGGCCAUCUUCAACGAGAUCAAGGAUUUCGCGCAAUCAUCUGCUUUGGGUAACUCAAGCACCAUCAUGGCGUACGGAGCAACGGGCACAGGGAAGAGCUAUACGUUCUUGUCCAGCGAUGGGCUCGUGCACAGCUUUAUCGGCUUGAUCUUCGAUCUUGCCAGCCAGGAAGCAGGUCAGUACGCCUACGAGUUCCAGAUGACUGCAGUUGAGGUUUACCUCAAUAAGGUCUAUGAUUUGAUCCAAUCAUCAGCAGGCGGGCAGAAGGUAGAGACGAAGAUAGGGUUUGAAACUUCUGUGCCGCUGACCACCCAGGAAGAAGCAUUCGGAGUCAUCAAGACAGCGAUUGAUCGCCGGGAGGCCGCCUCAACAAGGCAAAACCAAACAUCUUCACGCUCGCACUUCAUUAUCUCUGUGACCAUUGUGCGUCACUCUAUCGCCGACGGUACAGUCACCAAGGGCACUACAUCCUUCGUCGACCUGGCCGGGAGCGAGAGCGUCGGCAAGAACAACUUGCAAUCUAGCUCUUCAGCCCUGCAGAUUGAGCAAGGCAACGACAUCAACAAAUCCCUGCUUGAUCUCGGCCAGAGCAUCAGGAGCGUUGCCUCAGGUGGUAAAUUCCAUCCCGGACACAACCUCACUCGUUACUUACGCACUAGUCUUUCCCUAGGGUCGCGCCUACUUGUAAUCGCGACAGUAUCGCCGCUCGUUUCUAACCAGAACAACUCAUUGGCGACACUGAGAUGGAGCACCGAGGCCGUUGGAUCGACCAGUACAAAACACUCCGGGUCGAAAUCGGAAUCAUCUCGCAGUGGCAGAAAUUCUUCAACCACACCGAGUAAGUCGACCCCACCAGCACCAGCCACACCACGAGGUCCUGAGGGGACGUCAUCUCGCACCGGUUCAUCCUCAGCGUCCUCGAGUUCCAAACCGCCAAUAGUGCCUUCGCGGAUCUCUUCGUCGGGAUCAUCUACUCCGGCGAGGACCCCCGAUGCCUCGUCGACCCGGCACCACACGCGCCCUCCGCCCUCGGGGAGUGCACAGAGCCCCUUGAUCCUUAGGCUGUAUGACGAGGAACGACCCCACCACCGCAGAGAACGGCCUGAAGCAGGCAGCAGGGACAGCGACAGGAGGAAUGGUGAGCAGUAGUUGUUGUUGAUGAACACUUAUCUUUCUUUUGUCACUUCAUAUCUCUCUGAUCUGGUACGGAGAUACAAUAUCAC